AUGGUCACAAACUUGAAGUGCUUGGAGGCUCUAGAGGGAGCUUUUAACUUGCCCGGGACUAGCGAAAGCAUGGAUGGGAAGGACGGCAAGGGCAAGGACAAGGACGUGCCACGGUAUCGGAGCUUCGAAGGCUUCAGCACCUACACAAAGAAGUCGAUCCUCGGUGUGCAGGUGGCCCAGCUGGGGUCCGGGCGAAUUUUCGGGGAACUGGCGUUGCAGAACACGAAGCCGCGUGCGGCGACCAUCAAGUGUGCGGAGGAUUCCGCCUUCUUGCGGAUUCCGUAUGCAACCUACCAGGGUGUGGUCAAGGAGAUCUUCGACGAGGCGCGGGCAGUGGAGGAAUCCAUUCGCAUCCUCAAGACUAGCGCCUUCUUCCGGGACCUGGAGCGCAAUUCCCCUGGGCUGAUCAAAGAGCUGGCCUCGCGCGGGUGUACGAAAAUCGAGGAGCGGCGCGAGCAAGUUCUUUUCCGCCAGUUCGACCCACCUAACAACUGCUACAUCCUGCUCGAGGGCUCCGUGGACGUCUUCAUCUACAAGAAGACCAGGGACAAGAGCGCCAGCCUCUUGAGGAAAGACGAUCAGCCGACACCACGCGGCCAGGAACCGAUCGACAAGAAGACGACCAUCACGGAGGCGGCGAACAUGUGGAAGCAGCAGAGGGAGGCCGAGAAAGCAAACAAGCUCCGGCCGGUCAACAAGAAGGACAAAAACCGCAAGUUUGAGCCCUGGCCGGGAGAGUUUACGCGCUACAAGACCACGGAGGGCUUCAGCACUUUUGCCAAGGACUCGAAGUAUGGGAAGCUGGUGACGACGCUGAAGCCCGGGGCUGUCGUCGGCGAGCUCGGGCUGCGGAAUAACGAACCGCGGGCUGCGACGAUUCGGUGCGCGGAGAAUUGCAAGUUCCUGGUGGUGGGGAAGAACAUCUUCUUGGAGGUUCUGAAGGUCUUCCCACCCGACUUUGACUUCAUGAUCGAAGGCAUCGUGGCUGCCGAGCCGGCUGCCUACCUGAUCAGGGAGGGCACCGUGCGUUUUCAGCGGCACAAGUACGCCGGCGAGAACUGGGUCUACGCGCAUCGAAAUGCGCCCCUGAGGGGCUCGAGGCUGCCCGACCUCCCAGCCUACCACCAGUACUCGACGUCCUCGAUGCGGAACCGGCGGAUUCUGGAGCUGCAGGGUCAUGCUUCGCUGGUCUCCGCAAACUUCCGCACUCAGCUCCCAGAGUCCGGCGACGAGUCGCCAAAGUUCAGCAAGCUCGGAAACGAUCUGGCUCGGCCACAGACGGGGGCUCCGAAGGAAACCCGCCUAGUGACCUGCGACGUGAUCAAGGAGCCCAACCUUUUCUGCAGCAUGCCCUUUCUCCCGCUGCCGGUUGCGGAGCCAUUCUCUGU